AUGGUCAUAGGCAGUAUUGCGGGUGUCAUUCCGAUUCUUUCUCAGUCUGAAGAAUUUCAGCAUAAUGGAACUUAUAAAUUCAGCUAUGAGACUGGAAAUGGAAUAAUUCGUGAAGAAGUAGCUUAUGGAAAAAUUCUACCUAGAAGCCGCGAUGCAAGCAGCAACGAGGGUGGUGAAAGUGACGAAAGCGAGGAAAUUCAUGUACAACAAGGUUCUUACUCAUACACCGCACCUGAUGGUACCGUCAUCUCUGUAAGAUACAUCGCCGAUGAAAAUGGUUUCCAGCCAAUCUAUGAACAUACACCAAGCAAGGAAAAUUCAAAUUCAGCUGAAAAAUCUGGUAGAGCUUUAAAAUUACAUGCUUCUGAAACGAAAUCUGCCCCAAUUCCAAAGAUAAGAGUUUCUGAGUCGAAUGAAAUAAGUUCUGAUGAAAUUAAACCUCAAGAAAAAAUUGCUCCCGAAAUAGUAGAGCCAGUAGAAGUUUCUACAGCCGCACCUCAACCUCAAUUAGCUUCUGAAGUAUCAAACUCAGCUAUUCUGAAAGAAAAUCCUGAAGUUGUUCCUAUGUCAGUUGCUUCUCAAAGUGCACCUGCAGCAAUAUCUAAAUCCUCGUCUGAAAAUGUUGUUAACGAUGUGUCAACAGUGGAGCCAGAAAUAUCAUCAUCAGCAUCUAUUGUUCCCGAAGAAACAUCGGAAAUGAUUGCCGAAAUUUCAUCUACAUCUGUGCCUGAAGAAGCAUCCACAAAUAUUCCACAGACUGAAUCUGCAUCCGACAUUAAUGUAGUCCCUUCAGCUGUUCCUGAAAUUGCAUCUACCGUUAUUUCGGAAUCUGCGGGUUCAACAGAAGACGAUAAUCUUCUUGUAUCAACUGAAAGUGUACAAGCUGUAACUGAAUUAAAGGCCAUAGAAGAAAGUGAAUCAACAACUUCCAAUGUAGAUGUAAGUACUAUACCAGCUUCAACUGCAGGCCCUGAUCAGCCACUUACUGAAACUGAACAGGGUACCACCGCUUCAGCAGAAUUGCCUAGCAGUGAAGCUCCAGAACAAUUAGCUUCAAGUGAAGUUUCUGAAUCAUCAAAUUCUACUUCAGCUCCUGAGCAAGCGAGUACAACUGAAGCCGUCGGACAACAAGCUUCUUAG